AUGGAAUUUUCAGGUAACAUUACUGUUUCAGACGGAGAACACGCUACUCUUUCUCUAAUUGAUCUCACGGGUAGUGACGACAGCGAUGACGAACCUUUACUGGAGCUUUUCGGCAGUUUGGCGGCCUUACAGAGGCAUUUGCUGCAGCAGCAGCCAUGCAUAGAUCUGACACGAUCGCCAUCAAUCCAAAUAUUGUCUCAGGUGAGUGAAAAGUCGCUUGCCGGUGCUCGUGUCAUGUCAAUGGAGCUUGCAGGAGACUCGGGUGCCCCGCAGACGAAGGCGUGCUUCCCGCAGCCGACGUGCAGGCGCGAGUAA